CACUGUGCUAAGCGCUUGGGAAGUCCAAGUUGGCAACAUAUACCACCCCCACCCCUCUGCAUUUCGUCUCCUCCUGCUGCCAUGGCUCCUGGGCCCUUGAGGAGGAGGAAGGGCCCGGGGGGCCAUGCGGAUCCCCCUCCUGUCCCCUGCUCCCCUUCUUCUUCCUCCUCCUCCUCCCUCUCCUGCUCCUCCUCCUCCUCCUCCCCCCGGUGGUCCUCCGGGCUGACCCUGUACCUGGUGGAGCGUCGCAUGGGUCGGAGCCGUCGGGCCUUCCUCAGCGGGCUGGCCCGGGCCAAGGGGUUCCGGGUGGACGAUGCCUACAGCCCGGCGGUGACCCACGUGGUGAUGGAGCACACCUCGGCGGCCCAGGCGGCCCGCUGGGCCCAGCAGCAGGGGGGCACCCAGGGGGGCACCCAGGAGGGCACCCAGGGGGGCCCCCCCAUCCUGCUGGACAUCACCUGGUUCACCGACAGCAUGGCAGCCGGCAGGCCCGUCCCCGUGGAAGGACGGCACCAGCUGGGGGUGCCCCUGCCCAGUGCGGAGAUUGGCACAGACUACUCCAUGCCAGCCUACGCCUGCCAGCGCCGCACACCCCUCAACCAUCACAACCCACGUCUCACGGAGGCCCUGGAGACGCUUGCCGAGGCUGCAGCCUUGGAGGGCAACGAGGGCCGCAGCCUCUCUUUCCGCCGGGCAGCGUCCACGCUCAAGGCCCUGCCGGGCCCUCUGACCCGCCUGAGCCAGCUGGAGGGGCUGCCCUACUGCGGAGCCCAUUCCCGCGGGGUCAUCCAGGAGAUGCUGGAGGACGGAGCCAGCCGGGAGGCGGACGGAGUGCGGCAGUCCGACCGGUUCCGUGCCAUGAAGCUUUUCACCCAGAUCUUUGGUGUUGGGGUGAAGACUGCUGAUGGGUGGUACCGCGAGGGGCUGCGGACCCUGGGGGACCUCCGGGAGCGGGGCAAGAAACUGACCCGGAUGCAGGAAGCAGGAGUCCGGCAUUACGAGGACCUCAAGACCCCGGUUGAGCUGAGUGACGUGGAAGCCGUGCGCCGGGUGGUGGAGGAGGCCGUGCUGCAGGUGCUCCCUGGGGCCAACAUCACUUUGACUGGCGGCUUCCGGAGGGGGAAGCGGCACGGCCACGACGUCGACUUCCUGAUCACACACCCUGAAGAGGGCCGGGAGGCGGGAAUACUGCCCAACGUGAUGAGCUGCUUGGAGAGUCAGGGUCUGGUGUUAUACCAGCACACACAGGAGAACCAUUACUGCACGCCCAAGGCCAUGGCCCAGCCGGCCAGCCGGACCAACACCAUGGAUGCCUUCGAGCGAUGCUUCUCCAUCCUCCGGGUCUCACGGCCAUCCCCGGGGGUCGCAAGCCGUGGACCCCCCCGGGACUGGAAGGCGGUGAGGGUGGACCUCGUGGUCACCCCCGCCAGCCAGUUCCCCUUCGCCCUGCUCGGCUGGACCGGCUCCCAGCACUUUGAGCGAGAGCUGCGCAGAUUUAGCCGUCAGGAGCGGAAACUCAUCCUGAAUAGCCAUGCCCUGUACAACCCAGAAAAGAAGACGUUCUUGCCCGCGGCUUCAGAGGAAGAGAUUUUCCGGCACCUGGGGCUCGAGUUCAUCCCACCGGAGGAGAGGAAUGCCUGACAGUCCAGCCCAGGGGUUAUGGGGGGAAAACUCAGGUGGGGACAGGGUGGGACGCAGUCUGAUGUGGGCCCCCACCUCUUCAGCAGGGACUGUUUUGGGCCCCUGCUGGGAUCCUGGCCGACCCAGCACUGCCUGUCCACUCCCGGGUCACCUGCCUGUUGUCUGCUCCCCGGACCCGGGCCUGGCACACCUGCCAGACUGGCUUGCAGGGGCCGACCCCUCCCUCACUAACUUCCUGGCACAGACAUCCCCCGGGAGCAGAGACCUGGAACGUGCUUCCCCAAUCCAUAGCUGCCAGGGGCCACCCAUGCUGGGAUCCACAGAGGUUAGCCCCAACCGCACUGACAUCUGGCACUGAUGCCCACUAAGCUAUGGUGAUGGUGAUGGGGAAUAAAGAGUGGUCUAUUUUCAGAUGGCGUCGCUGCCGGGUGCUUGGCUCUCCGUGAGAAUGCCCUGCCCUACCCUGUCCCUUCCCCAGGAUAUGAGCCGGGCGAAGGGAGGAACGUGAGAGAGCGAGGGGAUGGGCCCUGAGGCUUCCGUUCUCACUCAGGAGGCAGGACAGGCACUGCUACUUUGCAGACAUUAGCCAACGUGGCAGAGAAAACGGAGCAGGUAAUUCUGCAGCCACAGGAGCCCCGGCUCUUGCCUGAACCAGGCAUGAGAAAGAAGUUCGUGAAUAGGUCUGGGCAGGGGCUUGGUCUGUGGCCUUAGGGUGGGCAGGCCCAGCGUGGGGAGAGGAGAGACCUCUCCAGGGUGUGAACACAGCCAACA